CUGCAGCUCCUGCACUUCUGCCUCUUGCUGGGCAUCUCCCUGGCUGCCCUCCUGGGCAACGGCCUCAUCAUCAGCGCCGUAGCCUGCGACCACCACCUGCACACGCCCAUGUUCUUCUUCCUGCUCAACCUGGCCCUCAGUGACCUGGGCUCUAUCUGCACCACUGUCCCCAAAGCCAUGCACAAUUCCCUUUGGGACACCAGGGACAUCUCCUACACAGGAUGUGCUGCACAGGUUUUCUUCUUUCUCUUCUUUGUGUCAGUAGAGUUUUUUCUUCUGACCAUCAUGUGCUAUGACCGCUACGUGUCCAUCUGCAAACCCCUGCACUACGGGACCCUCCUGGGCAGCAGAGCUUGUGCCCACAUGGCAGCAGUUGCCUGGGCCAUUGGCUUUCUCAUUGCUCUGCUGCACACAGCCAAUACAUUUUCCCUGCCCCUGUGCCAUGGCAAUACCCUGGGCCAGUUCUUCUGUGAAAUCCCACAGAUCCUCAAACUCUCCUGCUCCAAAUCCUACCUCAGGGAACUUGGGCUUCUUGCUGCUAGUGCCUGUUUAGAACUCACAUGUUUUGUGUUCAUUGUUUUCUCCUAUGUGCAGAUCUUCAGGGCCGUGCUGAGGAUCCCCUCUGAGCAGGGACGGCACAAAGCCUUUUCCACCUGCCUCCCUCACCUGGCGGUGGUCUCCCUGUUUGUCAGCACUGGCUUUUCUGCCCACCUGAAGCCCCCCUCCAUCUCCUCUUUAUCCCUGGAUCUGGUGGUGUCAGUUCUGUACUCAGUGGUGCCUCCAGCCCUGAACCCUCUCAUCUACAGCCUGAGGAACCAGGAGCUCAAGGCUGCCCUGUGGAAAAUGAUGAAUGGAUGA